AUGGUGGAGAGCUGGAAGGGGCAAAAGCUCCUUUCCAGAGCAGAAUUUCAUGUUGGAGCUCAUGUGUCAAAGUUUCUGAGAUUACAGAUGUUGCCUACACAAGGAUUAGCAUCUGAAAAGACAAAUCGUUUUGCUCUUGUAUUUGGAACGUUGGAUGGUGGCAUUGGAUGCAUUGCACCUGUUGAUGAAUUGACAUUUUGCCGGCUCCAGAGCUUGCAGAGGAAGCUCGUAGAUGCUGUACCCCAUGUCUGCGGCCUGAAUCCAAGAUCAUUUAGGCAUUUUGAGUCAAAUGGCAAGGCGCAUCGUCCUGGACAAGAUAACAUCAUUGACAUUGAGCUUCUUUCUCACUAUGAGAUGCUGUCUUUAGAAGAGCAGCUCGAGAUUGCACAGCAGAUUGGAACCACCCGCUCUCAGAUUCUUUCUAACUUUAGUGACUUUUCACUGGGCACUAGUUUCUUGUAA